CCUAAGCUCUCUCUCUGUCUCCCUUCCUCAGUCCAAGGAGCUUUAGAGAGGGGGAAAAAGUCCUCAGUGGAUAUCAACAACACAGACAGUGGUGGAUUCCAAAAAUAUAUCCAUCCCAAAGGUAACAGAAGUUCCCCUCCACUAUCUUGGUUGCAUUUGAGACUUGGUCCACAGGAUCUUCAUCCCCAGCACAGCCAUGGAUGUUGGGAGAGGUUUGGAGCUCCAAAAGAUGAACGGGCAACAUAGCAGGGACCUUGGUCCAGAUAAGCUCAAUUUAGAAGAUGGGUUUGACGGGCUGGAGUUCAUGGCAGAGCGAGAUGAGUUCCUGCCAGGGAAGAGCCCAGGAAUAAAGGCACCUCAGUUCACUGAUUUUGAGGGGAAGACGUCAUUUGGAAUGUCCAUCUUUAAUCUCAGCAAUGCCAUCAUGGGCAGUGGAAUUCUGGGACUAGCAUACGCCAUGUCAAACACCGGAAUCGUCCUCUUCCUUAUCCUGUUGCUAUGCAUCGCCAUUUUGUCUGCCUAUUCCAUCCACCUCCUCCUGAGAAGUGCAGGAGUUGUAGGCAUCCGCGCCUAUGAGCAGCUAGGGCACCGUGCUUUUGGACAACCAGGCAAAGUGUUGGCUGGCUCCAUCAUCACCAUGCACAACAUUGGAGGUACCGAAUGUUAUGUGACCGCCAAGCCAUGGUUGGCUUAUGUUAUCAUAUCGAUGUCCAGCUACCUGUUCAUUGUGAAGUCAGAGCUCCCGUUGGUCAUGCAGGCCUUUCUGGGCCUGAAGGACAAUACUGGAGAGUGGUACUUGGAUGGGAAGUACCUGAUCAUCAUCGUAAGCGUCAUCCUCGUCUUUCCACUCUCACUCAUGCGACAUCUUGGUUACCUUGGUUACACCAGUGGCUUCUCUCUCUCCUGUAUGGUUUUCUUCCUCAUCUCCGUGAUCUAUAAGAAGUUCAACAUCCCGUGUCCACUGGAGAAGAUAACCAGUCAAGAUAACCACUUAGUGUCCGUCCAGGGGGAGAGUCAUGAUAACCACUCAUUUGUCUCCUCUGAUGUGGACUUCUGUGAAGCACAGUCCUUCACCAUCAACAUGAAGACAGCAUAUACCAUCCCCAUCCUGGCUUUCGCUUUUGUCUGCCAUCCUGAGGUGCUUCCCAUCUACACAGAGUUACGAGACGCCACCAAGAAACGCAUGCAGACGGUUGCCAACAUCUCCAUUCUGGCCAUGUUCGUCAUGUACGGGCUGACCGCCAUCUUCGGUUACCUCACCUUCUUUGGUGGAGUAGAUUCCGAGCUCCUUCAUACAUACAUUAAAGUGGACCCCUUGGACACACUGAUCCUGUGUGUGCGUAUGGCUGUCCUGGUUGCUGUUACCCUUACUGUUCCUGUGGUACUCUUUCCGAUCCGCAGGGCCCUGCUGCAGCUGCUGUUCCCAGAGAAGCCCUUCCACUGGGCUCACCACAUCUCCAUCGCCGUGUGUCUCCUCGUCAUCGUCAACCUAUUGGUCAUCUUCGUGCCCACCAUUCGAGACAUCUUCGGCGUCAUUGGAGCGACCUCUGCACCCAGCCUGAUCUUCAUCCUCCCGGGAAUCUUCUACAUCAGGAUUGUUCCUGAAGAAACAGAGCCUUUAAAAUCCAUACCAAAGAUUAUGGCCGCCUGUUUUGCAGCGUUAGGCUUCGUCUUCAUGGUGAUGAGUACGUCAUUCAUCAUCCUUGACUGGGUGUCCGGAGAGUCUCGGAGCAGAGGCGGGCACUAGCAACAGACCAUAAUAAACAGUAAUACCAGCAAAAUGCCAACCAAAUCUAUCCACAAACAUCAAAUUCCUCCACGACGUGCACAUUAUUUAACCAUAGCCAAAUGAGAGGGCCUUGGCUGGACAUGGAAAAGAAUAUAUCAUUUAAAUUCCCCCACAAGAUGGCAUUAUGUGGUGGUAGGUCUUGUACGGGGUGGGAAACAGAACCAGCAACUCAAAAGCAGCAGCUCUGAGGUGACAAACAUUGUGGUUUGCUUUCAGUAUGUUGUUUUGAGGCACUAAUAAAGUUGUCGCAGAGACAACCGGUUCUGAGGGUAAUGAUAUAGCAUAUGUUCGUAUACCAAUGAAUGGCUUCAUCAUUUACCCUCCUUAUCUACCUCCCUUGAAUUUUCAAUGAGAUAUUUUUACACAUAAAGAAAUGAAAUGGAUCUAUUAUUAUUUUUCUCUUUAUGGGAAGUUUUUUAAAUUUUCAAACAAGAUUGUACAGUAUGUUACGUAAUUUUCUCUAUGAUUGUCAUUUAUAAAUCAGGGAAUAUGUGUUAUUUUUAAUCAAAUCCAGAAUUUGUAGUGUUUUUGCCCAAUGCCCAUACAUAUUGCUAGGUGUAUUGACUCUAUAGAGUAUCCUAAGGUUUUAUCAUUCCUGUUAGUUUUUUUUCCAUGGUACCAAGCUCAUGUUAUAACACAGUCAGACAUUUUCCUAUAAGUGCAGCUAUCAGCCGUGAUAAUGACAGAAAGGGAUGACCCUCCCAAUUCCUCAUGACUGAUUGGUUUAAAAACAUUUAUGUGAACUUUAUAUUAUAUCCAGCAACUUUAAAUGGAUAUUUCAAACUUUUAUAUUUUAUUUUAUUUUUUAUCUGUCAUGUGGUACAUACAAAAAGAAUAUAUGAAAUGUAGUCUAGUCAACAUGGAAUGCAAAUGAUUAGGGGCAGAGAGGGCUGUUGGUGUGAUCGUACAAACAAAUGUCCACUCAACACAAACUCAAUACUGACCUCCGUGUCACUAGUCAGUCAGAGAGCAGAAGUAGUAUGAUGUCAUCUGCUACCGUUGGACUUGGCUUUUCUGAGUAAGUCUGAGAAAUUCCGAAUAGGGGAGGCCUGUAUAAAGAUGUUGAUCAAUUGAUCUUUUUAAGAGAGCAUGGAGACUGUCUUUAUUUGGUCUUUUAAAAAUGGAGUUAUUCGGCCAAUAAAGAUUCAUGUAAUGGAA